AUGUUCAGCGACCGCGGCAACUUCCAGACCGAGAUCCUGACCUUCGAGGUGGUGGACUUUGAGGGAUCAUACCACGCCAUACUCGGGCAUCUGUGCUACGCCAAAUUUAUGGCGGUCCCCAACUACACCUACCUCAAGCUGAACAUGCUAGGACCGAAUGGCGUCAUCAUGGUGAGCGGCUCCUUCGAGCAGGCGUACGCCUACAGAUGGGAGCACUUCGAGCUCGACAUUACCAUCGCCAUCUUUGCUGAGCUCAAAAGGCUCCGCGUGAUGGUGGUGGAAGGCAUUCCCGAUCGCAAUGAGCAGACUCCAUCCUGCGCCUUCUGCCCGACUGAGGAUACCAAUGCGGUCGAGGUCGACCCUAGUGAACUGACCAAGACCAUGCGGAUCAGGACCCAGCUCCCGACCAAAUAG